CGCGGUGGGCUGCCGUAGAGGGCUGCUCGCGCUCUUUAAGUGAUUGGAAGCGGAAGUCCCGCCCUUCUUUCUCGUUCCCAACCUCUGUCUUGCUUACCCGCCUUGGCCGCCGCCACCGUCCCGCCCGCGCCGUCACCAUGCCCCGCAAAAUCGAAGAGAUUAAAGAUUUCCUGCUCACAGCCAGGAGGAAGGAUGCAAAAUCCGUGAAGAUCAAGAAGAACAAGGACAAUGUGAAAUUCAAGGUGCGCUGCAGCCGGUACCUGUACACCCUGGUCAUCACUGACAAAGAGAAGGCCGAGAAACUGAAGCAGUCCUUACCUCCAGGUUUGGCCGUGAAGGAGCUCAAAUGAACCAGCGGUGCUGUGUUGGAACUAUUAAAAUAAACUGAAAAAUCAUCA